CAAGUGUGCGCGUCAUAUUCGAUUGGGCACUGAAAAAAUCAACGCUUUUGUCGCGUACAUAAACAUUUCUAUCGACAAAGCAUCAUCUUAUAAUAGUUUGAAGCAUUCUGUUUAUCACACUUCCAAAAUUAUGGAAAGCAACUUAAAUUAUGCCAAUCGACUCUCUGUUUACUUGAAUGCUGAUUAUUUAUUAAAACUGGAGCUUCCAUAAACUGCUGAGUUUUAUUUAUUUCUAUAUAAAUGCUUAACCUUAAUUUUCGUUUGAAAAUACCCCUGUUUUAAUGGGCAGGUUGAAUAUUUCAGUUUGGUCGUACUAGUUACCUUCAUUGUGGACUCAUUUUUUGGUAAUGUCGAAAGGAAUUGUAUUGCAUGGCCGACAAAUUGCUCAAGCUAUCGGCCAAAAAAUUAGAUCAGAUGUUGCUCAUUUAAAGGCAGAUUUCGGUAUCGCUCCCAAGUUAGUUGUCAUUGAAAUUGGUGAUUUACCACAGUCAAAAUUGUACAUUGAACAAAAGUAUAAAUUCGCUAGCAAAUAUGAUAUAAUUCUAUCGCAUAUGCAAUUUCCAUCACAUGUAUCUGAGUCAAAGAUUUUAGAUUAUAUCAACAAGCUGAAUACUGAUUCAUCCGUCCAUGGUAUUACUUUACAAUUACCUUUUGAUUCAUUUAUGAAUAUCAAUGUUUCCAAUUCGUUGAAUGCAGUUGUUACUCACAAAGAUGUUGAAGGUUUAAACUCAUACAAUACAGCUUUAUUAAGUCGUGGAGAUGUUAUCUGUCCUCAUUGUGAAGGUUUAAAACAACCGAACAUCCAUAUACCGUGUACAGCAGCUGCAUGUUAUGCAUUAAUUCGACAUGUAGACUUUCCUAUAAUUGGUUCACGUUGUGUAAUUGUUGGUCGUGGUCGUCUUGUUGGUGCACCUACAGCUGAAUUAUUAUCAGGAUCAUGUGGAGCAACAAUUACUCAGUGUCAUUUACAUUCAAAUAAUAUAAAUGAAGAGGUUAUUCGUGGUGAUAUUGUGAUUUCAGCAGUUGGGCAUCCAGGAUUAAUUAAAGGUGAAUGGAUUAAACCUGGUGCAUUAGUAAUUGAUUGCGGCUAUUCGGUGAUAAAUGAUCCUGAAAAUAUGAAUAAACCACGAUGUAUUGGUGAUGUAGAAUUCGCAUCAGCUUUAGAAAAGGCUAAAUGGAUCACACCAGUACCUGGUGGUGUUGGUCCAGUGUCAAUUGCUAUGUUAUUUCGUAAUACAGUGAACAGUGCUAAAUGGUCUGUAGGCUUAACUAGUUCCUGUUGUACAUGUUCUACUGAUGUAGACGUUUUAUCUAAAGAAUAUAUUGAUAAGAAAAUGUCCGGUUAA